AUGGCGAUUGAUAUCAAUAAAGUUUCACAUCCACUCCUCCGUGAGCAAGAAGACGGAACAGAAAGUCCAUAUAGCCGCGACAAGGAGUUCACAAUCACUUGCACAACGCCAGAUGGUGAACAAACAUUCGAAUUAGUCUUAUUCUACUCUCCAAGCGGAAAUGCUCCUUUAGAGGAGUUAUGUAUUGAAUUAUACAAGGAAGAAGAUAUAUUUUACAUUGCAACUAUUUCCAUCAAUGAAGAAGCUUUCAAAACUACUUAUGCUAAGAUGCUUAAAGGCGAUUUCGCACAGUUCCCAGACAAAGUUAAGACUUUGAUUCAAAAUGUUGAAACAAAUAGAACUGUUUUCUCAGCACUUUUCGAUAAUAAUACAUUAACAAUCAAGCAGAAGCUCCAAUUCAAGACAGUUAAGAUUUUGGAGCUUAACUUUACAGUUCUUGAGCCAGAUGAUGAUUACGUUGUCGAAGUUGCUCAAUUCCGUUACGAUAAUAAGAAAGUCUUAGCAGAUGCCCUUGAAUCAUCAUACGAUGAACUUUGCAAACAUGUUCAGAAGCAGAAUAAGCAGCUUUACCAGCAGCUUGUCCGUGGCCAGGAUUUCAAUGCCUCACGCUCAAUGAAAUAA